AUGUGCUUCACAAAAUACAUGGAGGUUAAAUUGGUCCCAACACUAGAUUUGUCACUAAUACUGGUGAUUUUCCCAGUUAUCGGGAUAAUCGAUUCAUUGAUUGUUGCUGCACUCUCGAACACAGCAAUGCUUAUGUGGUGCUGCAUUCUCGAACACAGCAAUGCUUAUGUGGUGCUGCAUUCUCGAACACAGCAAUGCUUAUGUGGUGCUGCAUUCUCGAAUACAGCAAUGUUUAUGUGGAUGACAGCUGAUAAAGUUUGA